AUGCCAAUUUCUCGCGAACGCACUCGAAGACCUCAUUUUGAUUAUCUAUCUAUCUAUCUAUCUAUCUAUCUAUCUAUCUAUCUCACUUCAUUAUCUCACUACAUUAUCUAUCUAUCUAUCUAUCUAUCUAUCUAUCUAUCUAUCUAUCUUACUUCAUUAUCUCACUUCAUUAUCUAUCUAUCUAUCUAUCUAUCUAUCUAUCUUACUUCAUUAUCUCACUUCAUUAUCUAUCUAUCUAUCUAUCUAUCUAUCUAUCUCCUUCAUUAUCUCAGUUCAUUAUCUAUCUAUCUAUUUAUCUAUCUAUCUAUAUAUCUUACUUCAUUAUCUCAGUUCAUUAUCUAUCUAUCUAUCUAUCUAUCUAUCUAUAUAUAUAUAUAUAUAUAUAUAUAUAUAUAUAUAUAUCCAUCUCCUUCAUUAUCUCAAUUCAUUAUCUAUCUAUCUAUCUAUCUAUCAUAUCUAUCUAUCUAUCUAUCUCAAUCUGUUCAUAUCUAUCUAUCUAUCUAUCUAUCUAUCUAUCUAUCUAUCUAUCUAUCUCACUUCAUUAUCACUGUUCAUUAUCUAUCUAUCUAUCUAUCUAUCUAUCUAUCUAUCUAUCUAUCUCACUUCAUUAUCUCAGUUCAUUAUCUAUCUAUCUAUCUCACUUACUUCAUGAUCGAAGUUCAUUAUCUAUCUAAUCAUAUGAUAUGA